AAUAGAAUAUUUAUAAUUUAUAAUGUAUUUAUAAUUUUAAUUGUUAUUUAUAUUUUAACAAAAUUCAUAUGUCCAAAUGUAUUUCCAGAAAUUUUAUUAAAUGGGAUUGAAUAUUUAGGACCUACAUUUAUGAAAUUAGGUCAAUGGGUGGCAACAAGAAGAGAUUUAUUUUCUAAUGAUAUUUGUGAUACUCUUUCACGACUUCAACGACAAACACCAGCUCAUUCUUGGACAUAUACAAGGUCAAUAUUAAAAUUAUCAUAUGGAGAAGAAUGGAAAAAAUUAUUUGUUAAAUUUGAUGAUGAUUUAAUUGGUUCUGGUUGUUGUGCACAGGUAUACAAAGCCUGGAUCAACAAAGAAAGUCAAAUUUUAACAAAAAAUAAAUCAAAAUUUAUUCAAGUUGCUGAAUUUUUUAAGCUGAGAAAACUUGUUGAUUACUUUGGUAAAAAAUUUGAGGAUGACAACGAACUUUACCCAGUUGCUGUAAAAAUUUUACAUCCAGGAAUUGAAUCUUGCAUAAAGCAAGAUUUAAAAAUCAUCAAUGGAUUUUGUAAAUUUGCAACUUGGCUUGUGCCAAGUAUUUACUGGCUGAAUUUAUCAGAUUGUAUCAAAGAAUUUUCGAAAUUAAUGGAAAAUCAGGUUGAUAUGAAACUUGAAGCUAAAAAUUUAUUAAAAUUUCGAAAAAAUUUUAAAAAUAAUUCAUCAGUAAUAUUUCCAAAACCGAUAUUACACUUGACAAAUAAUUUAAUAUUGGUUGAAAGUUUUCAUGAAGGAAAAUACAUAUCAAAUUAUUUAAAUUCAUCAGAUAAAUUGUUGAAAAAAAAAUUAGCUAAAAUUGGAAUAAAAGCAAUAUUAUUUCAUGAUAAUUUUAUUCAUUGUGAUUUACAUCCUGGAAAUAUAUUGGUACAAGAAAAUAAUGGUCUUCGUUUGGUACUACUUGAUUGUGGCCUAGUGUCAUCAUUAAAUGACAGAUGUCAAAAAAAUUUACGUGAUGUUUUUCGUUCACUAGCUAAAGGAGAUGGUGCAUUGGCAGGAGAUUACAUCAUGAAGCACAGUGAUCACAUGACACCAGAUCCAGAUGGUUUUAAAAAAACAAUUAAUGACAUCGUUAAAAAAUACAUGGAUAAUAAAUUGAAUUUAAAUAACGUCAAUAUGUGGAAACUCAUGACAGAAUUUUACUCAGCACUUGUUCGUUAUCAAGUACAUCAAGAUGGUGCAUUUAUAAAUGUCGUACUGAGUAUUGUUGUCAUUGAAGAUCUUGGUAAAAGUCUGGAUCCUUCCAACGACAUACUUCUUGAACUUCUUCAAUUUAUUCAAUGAUAAAAAAUUGAAAUUAAAAUUACAAAAUAAAUACAAAGAAACAAAAUUUAAUACAUAAUAAAAUUAAAAAUCUAUUCAUGUGAAUUUAAAUGGUCCUGGUUUUUUUUUUCGACUUGUAAUGAUGGGGUUUACAAUUCUGACCGGUUGUCUCG